CCUGGCGCUUCAGCCAUUACCUGGAGGCAACGGGCACUGAACUUGCAAUUCUUGACCCACAGUGACCGAGGAAGAGCAAAAGGAGCUGUUCUUCCCGCCACUCACAGCCACUGACUGCUGAGGAUGCGGCUCCUAGGAAAACUCCGCGCCUCCGCCGCGGGCAGCGCAGCUAUAGAGCCGGCCUUCUCCAACGUGCUCACCCCCGGCCGCAUCCCGGAGUUCUGCAUCCCGCCGCGGCUGCCCGUGCCCUGCGCGCCCGAUUCCCCGCCCCCGGCCGCGGCUGUGCCCCGGCGGUGUGCGGCUGAGCCCGACCUGUGGCCCCGAGUAAUCGACGACGGCGCAGGGCGCACGGACUGGGACCCACGCUCGCAGGCCGCGCUCUCGCUGCCUCACCUGCCCCGCGGGCGCACCGCCUACGGCUUCUGCGCGUUGCUGGAGAGCCCGCACACCCGCCGCAAGGAGUCGCUCUUCCUCGGGGACUCCAGGGCCGCCUCGCUCAUGCAGCGGCCAGCCGCCCGGCCCGCGCUCCGCCCGCGCGCCCACACCUUUGGCGGCUGCGGAGGAGAAGACGCCCCGCUCGGUCCCUCUUCCGGAGCCCCCGCCUCCGCAGACUCUGAAGACCCCAACCCGCCCCGGAACACACUCGCUCCGCGUCCCCGCGGCCACCGCCUCCUGCGCGCCUCCGAGGGACUUCUGAACCGCGCGCUGAGGGCCCGGAGGAGUCGCGGCCUGGCGCGCGCCCGCUCUGUGUCCAGCGGGGACGAGGACGAGGAGCGCGGCACCAGCUCGGGGUCGCCGGCCCAGACCUUCUCCACGUCCCCUCUGUCGUCUUCCGGCCCGCGGCUCGAUCGCCUGGAAGCCGAAGGCACCGUGACUCUGGGUUGCGCCAGCGGCGCCCUGCGUCCGGCCACCGAGUACAGACCGGCCAACGGACGCCUCCGCCUCCGGCUCGCCGGCGGCUGCCUCGUCAGCCUGGGCCUGCAGCCGCCCGGCAAGACGCGCCAGCGGCGCAGCGCCGUGAUGCGCCGGAGUCGCAAGGCCGUCUUCGACCAGGACGUUUGCUUCGACGGACUCUCGGAGGACGAAGUGCGCCUCCAGGCCGUGCGCGUCAAGGCUGAGAACUAGGGCCGCGGCCAGGCGGGCCGCCUGGGUGGCGAGGACGAGCUGCUGCUGGGCUCCCUCCUGUUGUCCUGUGGGCGCCCAGGCCUCAGGUCCUACCCGCGUGGUGCUUUCCGCCCGCUCGUGACUCUUGGACACUGA